AGAAAGAAUCGUAUCCGGGCUUACAGUCCUGGCGUCCAGACGGGUCUAUUGAAUAUAAAGUGGAGGGGGUGACAACGUCUGAGUUUGCUUAGAGGAGGUAGCUAGAUGCUCGAAUUUCCCCCUUUUGUUAGUCAUGAAUGGUAUAGGCAGUAAGGGAGGAUUCCAGCAUUGGAGACACAGGUAAAGAAGGAAAGCCCAUCAUGAGUGACAGUGACAUGAACCCAGCUGCUACCCCAACUCCAAUGCCUGAUACGCAAGGUGAUGGGCGAUGGAUGUCUCUGCACGAGCAUUUUGUGGCUGACUGCAAAGACAAAGAACCAGAAGUGUUGUUCGUAGGAGACUCCAAUGUACAACUCCUCCAUCAGCUUGAAAUCUGGAGAGAGCUCUUUUCCCCGCUCCAUGCUUUGAAUUUUGGAGGUUGUGGUGAUGGUACUCAGCAUGUUCUAUGGAGGCUGGAAAAUGGAGAACUGGAACACUUGAAACCCAAGAUCAUUGUCCUAUGGGUUGGUACAUAUAACCAGGGACACAGUGCGGAGCAGAUUGCAGGUGGGAUCCAGGCUAUUGCACGGUGCAUACAACGAAGGCAACCGCAAGCAAAAAUUGUUAUUGUGAGUUUGCUUCCAAGAGGUAAGAAUCCCAAUCCACUGAGAGACCGAAACAGGCAGGUGAAUGAGCUUCUGAAGGAGCUGCUUCUUGCAGUGCCCAAUUCAAUGCUCCUAGACAUCGACCCAGGCUUUGUGCACACGGAUGGCACCAUCAGUCACAAUGACAUGUUUGAUUAUCUGCACUUGAGCCGUUUUGGAUACUCACGUGUGUGCCAGAUACUGCACCGCACACUGCUGCAGCUCCUGGAGGGCAAGGAGACACCCACUGAGCAAUAACCACCAGGACAGAAGGGGGCAUUAAAGUAUCUGGAGAUCUACCCUUGUGAGAAGUCUGGGAAUAUUUGCCAAGUAAUUACCAUAGGGAAUUGGCAGUAAAUACUGUUGUGCAGACACAAGCUGAAAAAUCUGUCUCAAUGUGAAGGAGUAAAUGGCAUGCACAAAAUUAUACGUAACCAGGUGACUAAUACAUUACGUGCAACACAAGGUGUGUAUUGUGGGACCACCAUUCCCCAACCCCCAGAUACCUCCAGCUUCUGGGGAGAGAUGGACUUAUUCAAUUACCAAUUAUGUAAGAUAUUGUUCUUCCUUUUUUGUUUUUAUUUUCCUUGUACAGUGCUUGUUAAAUGUUUUUUUUCACUCUUGUGUAUUUCAGUGGAGAUAGACUGUUAUUGUUCAUUAGUGUUAGAAAUGACUAGUUAUGUGUAGACAAAUCUAUUACCCAUGUAUGUGACGUUCCACAUGUCCUAUGCAGUGACUCAUUUAGAACCAUAACUAAAUAAACCUGUUGUGGAUUCACAGAA